UUUAUGUUUUAAACUUUGAGUCCACUACUCGCAUAAUGUGUUUGGAAGACUGAAAUAAUAUUCCAUCAAGCAGAACGAUUGAAAUGAAAACGCCGAAUUGCCGAAUGCACGAAGAAUGACGACGGUAUGGUAUUACCCAUCGCUGGCGUUUGAAUUUUCCUCCAGUGAUUCGAAUGGUCACAUUUCCAAAUGGCAUGCGUAUUCACGCAGAAUACUUCUGUUCGUAAGGUUGCGUUAACCGUUGGCGUUCGCUGCAUUGCAAUAUUCUAGCGACUGUGAAGUGAAUAUAAACGAAAUUAAAUACGCGAAUGGUGCUUUUUUACGAAUUUUUUUCCAUUAACGAAGUGCGGUAUAACACGAAAAUUAUGAUAUUUUGCUAUACAUGAAGGAAAAGAUAGAAUGCUUCAAAAAUUAGUUUUAUUGCUGUACUUCGUUUUGUCAAUAGCAAGUGUGUGUCUCGGUCAAUGUGGAAAAGAAGACUAUAAAAGAUGCGUCAUGUUAGCUGAUCCUUUGCUCAGGGAAGCAGAACUCAUUUACCCAGAUAAUUUAAAAGAUAUCGAACACGUUUGCAGAAAAUGGCAAGAGUUCGUAGAUUGCGUAAAGCGAUACACAGAUCUAUGUUUUACUGAGAAUAAACGCAAAGAAUUCAACAAAGCUGUGGAAAGUCCAGUAGAUUUGGUACAUCAAAUGUGUACCUCUGCUGAUUACCAACAAGAAUACUUGAAACAUGCACCGUGUAUGAGAAUGAUAUUAAUCGAUGAUUCUCACUGCGGUCGCCAUUACAGAUAUCUCGUUAGCCAAGUAUCAGGAGAACCGGCAACUCCAGCACUUUGUUGUUCGCAUUUUAGAUUUCGAGAAUGUUUACUCGAUCAAACUAAACGAACUUGUGAUAGAGAUGCAUUUCCUUUCGCGAAACAAAUCCUAGACAAAGCUAUGGGAUUCUUGAAAGAUCAGUGCUCAUCUUACAAACCUGAUCAUAUAGAUUGUCCUGGUGCAGAUUUCUAUUCUGGUAGUAGUAAUCGUAUCACAUCCCGAACAGAACCUACAGUUCGAGUAUCUCAAGAAAAUAGUCCUUUAUGGUCGGCAGAAGAAAGACGUACAACAAUGAAGAAAUACAACUGGCUAACUCAAACUUGGACAGCUACGAGUCCAGAAAGUCAAUCAGCUGAGAAUGUAGAAAGGACUCGAACCGGUUACAGCAGAGGUAUGAGCUGGGAUCCAUCUACCGAUCCUGUAUCGUGGAAAGUUUCCGGCUCUUUGCAGACAGAAUCUUCUUGGCCUUUAUCAUCUACUCAAAAAAUUACCACCGUUAAUAACAUGCUGGUCGAUGAACCUAAUCAACAAGGGUUAUCGAAUGAGAAUACGGCCACUUCUGUAUCGAAAAUUGAUAAAUUUUUGUAUAUAUUUGUAACGAUGAUUUUGGUCUUGGCUAAUACUUGAGAAUAUCUUCGGAAUGGUGGAUUAUAGAAAGGUACCUACUUGUAAUAAUUUAUAUGAUUCUGCCGAUAAAUUUAAGUAUUAUUUAUUAUAAAUGUACAAAUUUAACACGAACGAUGUUACCACGUUUUAUAAGGUAGAGAUGCCUACUUACUUUGUAGGUAUUUUAUUUUUAAAUGAAAAUCAUAAAAAUGACGCUUAAGAAUUGCAUACAAGCGCGGAUCUGUUCAAAAUUUGCGUUCUGUUUUCUUCUUUCACUCAUCCUUUGACGAAAUCUUCCAAUUCUCGGAAUAUGGAGAAAAACCUACCAAUCAAAAAAACAGCUUCUGUUUUUUCAUUUAAUGUUUUCACUUUAUCAUAAAUUAAUUUCAGAAAAAUGCUGCAUUCGUAUACAUUUUUUAAAUAUUUUAUUGUAUUAAAACUCAUCGUUAAAAAAAACUAAUUUCGAAUCCGCGUCUGUAUAAAAUCGACAUCGUAAUAUUUAUCUAUUUUAUUCGUACUAAAUAGAUGAAAGAGUAAUUUAUUUGUAUGUUUGUUUGUUUAUUUAUCUUCUAUUUAUGUAUUUUUAUUCAUUCAUUUUAAUUUGUGAUUUCUACUCAUUACCUUUUCCAUUUAUUAAUUUAUUAUUGAAGUUGAUUUCUUUUUCUUUUAUAAUGAUUGUAUAUCCUUGGAGUACGCAAUAGGUAUCUUAUGGCUUAUCUUAGCUUACCAUUAGGUCUAUAGGAAAACCUAUUAUACCUCGUAUUUGUAUUAAAGCUAUACCGUGUUGAUCAUUCAAAUAAAUUUAAUUUACGAGUCCA